GUCAAAGAUUCCUCGUCUGGGCGGAAAUUAUAGCUUGCCGAUGUCGAAAUUUGCCAAAUCCUUCCCUCCUUGGGUUGCCUCGGAUCGUUUCGAUAGGCGUUCUUCAUUUCUCCAUCUAUCUACCGGCCCGAGUUAUGGUUGGUAUUUAACACUUUGCCCACCACCACAACAUCCUGCGAUACACCUUCCUGCUACCCACCUUUGCGACACCUAACCCUCAUGGCAUCUUACUUUCGCAGUCUCUUUGGAGGCAGUUCCUCUUCAAAGAAGCGACGCGCGUCGCUCUCAGAGGAUCCCAAACCACAGCGACGUUCUCAUUCCAUACCUUCGCGCCUGGAAAUAUCUCCCAAUGCCUCAUCUGUGGGGCACAAUCCAACAAGGAAAAGAAGCUCUUCUUUGUCAUACGUGGCAUCUCCGUCCGAGAGUUAUUCGUAUGCGUCUCUGCCCGCGCACACCAACAAACAUGGCCGUCAUUCUCGAGAGCCUCGUAUUGUCAGUUACAACUACGACAGACCUGCCCCGUACGCGAUUUACCUUCCAACUAUGUCCUCGCAAAGUAAUCAUUCCCGUACAAACUCGUCGAUUUCAUCGCCUACACCCGAUUCAUCUCCCAAGACGAAGAGGACUAGCACCAGUCACUCCUCACCUCGCCCCGUUUUGAAGAAGACCUCGCACUCGAAUCCACACACGGGUAUCCAGCAUCACGUGUCAUUCGCUAAUCCCAACCGCCCUGAGGUCCUCCACAUGCACCCUGUCUUCGCGUCUAGUCAACACUACCACGCGCCGAUAUGGUACGACGUGACAUCUGCGCCGUCCUCGAAGUCCGUCAUCGACCGAAAAACUCGGACACCUAUCCCUGCCCACACCCUAUCUCAACCCGCGACUGAUCCUGCAAAAUCUGACAAACUCGUGCUCAAGUGCAAUAAACUCUCGUGGCCAGUGGUUGUGCACGCUGACGGAAGAGUGUUGACGAACUUUGAUCUCCUGUGCGCCGUGCACCGGACCUUGUCGACGAGGGUGACGCACAGAGAAUGGGAAGCACUAGGACAUGGCACGCAUGCGCAGUUGAAGGCGGCGAGGGCAUACGAGGCGCGGUGUAAGAAAUUGGGAGGCGGGUGGGAUGGUGGCGUUAGGAGGAUCGACUGGCUAGGUGAGAAGACGUGUCUGAUUGGGGUUGAGGUGGAAAAGACCACUGGGAUUGGGAAGUUGAUCUUUGGGAAGCCCUGA